CCCCCGCGCAGCCCGGCCCUCUCGCCUUUCUCAGCGUGGGUGACAUUGAGCCGGCGUGAGUCUCUGGUCCUGCGGUGGCCUUUCCCUGCCCCGCCUCCGCGCCUGUUAUGGCGGCCCCGGGCGCCGCUGCCACGGCUUCCCAACUGCUCUGCCGGAGAAGCCUCGGCGUGGUCACUCUUCUCCAAUGCGCCCAAAGAACAUUUGCCUCCCAGACCUCAGGGGAGCUCAAAGUGACUCACGUCCUAAAGGAGAAGUUUCCUCAGGCAACAACAAUCAAGGUCACAGACAUUUCAGGUGGUUGCGGGGCCAUGUAUGAAAUCCAUAUAGAAUCCGAAGAGUUUAAAGACAAGCGAACUGUGCAACAGCACCAGAUGGUUAACAAGGCGCUGAAGGAGGAGAUUAAAUCGAUGCACGGGCUGAGGAUCUUCACCUCGGUCCCCAAGCCCUGAGGCCGAGGGCCAGGCUGGGCCUGCUGUGAGCUGCUGCUGGGACAGUCCUGGGAGGGGGUGGACGCUGUUCUCCCCACACUCUCCCCUGGUUCUCUCUCCGAGCUCUCCUGAUCAAGGAGUGUUUGGGCUGUUCCGUUUUCAUUAAAGGCAAAAGACUCCC